GGCGGCAAAGAGAAGAAAUAUGUUCAUAUUUACCUGAUGUACUAUGGGAGUGCAUCUUCAAAUUUCUCAGUUGUGACAACCACACUUUAAAGUCAUAUUCUGUAUUCUCAAAACAGUUCCUCUCCAUCACCAACUGUCUCCGAUUCUCCGUCAAAAUCACUGAUGAAACCAUCUCUUUCCUUCCUCGCCUCUUCCAUCGCUUCCCUAACCUCACAUCCCUCGAACUCACUAUCCUAUCCAAAACCGUAGAAGAAGUGGAUGAUAUUCUGGCUCUAAUAUCCACUUUCCCUUUAGAUAUCAAAUCGCUCAAUCUCUCCAAGGAUUUUUACUCAAAAAAAUGCAUCCAGAUUCCUGUAAAUGGAUUGAUACCUUUGUCCAAAACUAUGAAAAAUUUGAAAUCUCUCACUUUUCAUGGAAUGAGUUAUUUCAACAAGAAGAAUUUAUUCUUGAUUGCUGAAUAUUUUCCGUUACUUAAAAAACUAAAUCUCACUUAUCCCCGUGUUAGAAGUAGUAGAGAUUUUUUUAUAAAUCACAAUGAUCCAUUAUUGGCACUUCCAAAUCUCCGCGAGAUUGACCUCUCUGGUAAUCACAUCAGUGAUCAAUUUAUUGACUUUCUCUAUCAUAGUUGCAAGCUUCUUCACAAGAUCGUGAUCAUUGACAGGAUUUCACGGAAACCUGGGGAAUUUGGGAUACAAGGAAAAUAUUAUAGUAGUGAUAUAGUAAUAAUAUAUUGGGAAAAUUACACUGACCUCCAUUAA